GAAGCUUUCAUUUGAGGUUCGCAGCUUAUCAGGUAACGGUCGGUGGUACGGUGGUGCAGUGCGUUCGUUUAACCGCCAAAAAAAAAACGUCAAAUAAAGUUACAUACAAAUACACAACCAAAAGCAAAUCAAAAAAACACGUAUACGCAGUGUUUGCCAGUGGGGCAAAAGUUCAAGUGGAAUUUAAAGAAAAUAAAUACACAAAACUAAAAGAACAACAAAUACAAAAUGCGCAUAAAGUUGAUGCUUUUCUUUGCGAUCCUCGCCAGCUUUUUUGUCGGCACAACGCAUGGCUACUGUUCGCUGGAGAAGAUGAAGACAUUUGCCCGAGAGGCUUGCGAGCGUUUGUUCCAGCAGGAUGAGGGCCGAGAGAGGCGUUCACUGGACUACAGCCAUCAUCGACAUGUAAACGAAUUAAUGCAUGGUAAAUCGCAUAAACAUGAGCACUUUAUCGGACGCAGCAGCUUCCCAAAGGGUGGCUACCUCAAGGUCAGCAAGGCGCACUAUCACAAGCUCGUGAAUCUGGAUGUGAAGCCCCGCUAUAAGCCCCGCAAGCAUCCGGAGAUGAAGUCACGAUUCCGUCGCGACAAUUCGAUUCAAGCGUACAAAGGAAUUUCCUAUUGCUGCUUUCAUCAGUGCGACGAGGAUUUCUUCUGUUAAAUAAAGGUUUCAACUGUUUCUUCUUCUUCGCUAGUCAGCAACGGAUUCCGUCCAUUUACAAUUAACUAUAACUACUUUUACUAUUACUAUUAUCUUUAUACAUCUGGAUAUUCGAUAUUCUAUAUGUUUAAGUCGCGCUCACUCUUAUAGAGUACCUUGUUCGUUGUCCCGGUUCCAUUCUCAGUUCCCGGACAUCGAAUCUUGCCACAGUAUUACAUAAAAAAACAACAAAACUUAGAUAAAUUAAUCAAGUGAUAAGUUUAGCGCCUAGGACUAACUCAAAUCUAUCUACAUACAUAUCUUAAAUGUGUCAUAACAUGAAUAUAUACGGAUUUAUUAUUUU